GUACAGAACUGUUUUAAUACUGGGACGAGUUGUGCUACUAAAUGUGUUCUCACACACACACACACACACACACACACAUACUGAAGCUAUUUCCAGUCCAGCUAAAUCUGUAGGCGCUGAGGUGGAUUGAGUUACAUGAGGAGCACACGCCACGGUCGCAAAACACUCAGGUCUGCCACCGACCAGCUCGUCCAGCGUCUCCGAGGCCUGCAGCCGGUGGAAGACCCCAACUCAGGCAGAUGGUGAUGCUGGAUGUGGUCAUAGUGGGGGGCGGACCGCACGCCUUGACCCUCGCUAGCUUGCUACGCAACACUGAAUCUGAUCCAAAUUCUGACCGCAGACAUGACUCACACCACCCCCCCUCCCCCGACAACCCCGCAGGGCCUCGGGCAGACCCGGAGACCUCAACCUCCAACAAGGAGCGCUGCGGUGGCAGGAAGAGCGGGAGGGCGACCGCUGGCCCGACACCGCCGGAGCAACCAGCAAAGUCCACGAAAUCAGAGAGGCUGGACUUUCCCCCCAUGAGUCUCCGAGUGGUGGAUUCUUAUGGAGCUUGGACCUCUCUGUGGGAGAGCCAGUUCACAGCCCUGAACAUCCCCCAUCUGCGCUCACACACACUGGUGCACACAGAUCCUCUCAACAAGAAAGCCCUGCAGGAGUUUAUUUUAAAGUCGGACCGCUCCGCAGAGCUUCACAGCCUCCCAGACCAGGUCUACAUUCUGGACGAAAAUGCAUUUUUCAAUGACAUGAGGCUCGGCAAGAAGGAGAGGAAACGUCUCAACAUCACCUCGACACUCAGGAAGAGUUUAUCCUUCAGUUUGCCUGGAACCAAACUAAGUGUGGACUUUUUUAAAGACCAGGUGGAGAGAUACAACUUGGACAAAGUGCUGCUGAAGGGAACAGUGGAGCGCAUCACCCCAGUGAUGGAGGACAGGGCUGACUUCAUAAGAGAGGGUGAAGUCACACGAGUGAAUGAAGGGAAGAGGGUAAAGUAUUUUCAGGUCCUCCUUCAAGAGGGCGUCCUCCUAAAAGCCCGCCAGGUGGUUAUGGCGACGGGUCCGACCAGUGCCCACAUGGCCAACAUCCCCUCAUGGGUGAAGAGCAUCGCAGAGAGCUUCCCAGAGGAGCGUUUGCAGCACACUGUGCACCUCAUGCACCGCCUGCCAGCUGCUCGGCAAACACUCAAAGCCACAGAUAGUCCGAGUUCGAGACUCAACGAGGCUUCUCCCACUCAAGACCUGUGUGUAGUGUGCGAGGCAGGGCAAAGAGUAAUGGUAGUUGGUGGAGGUCUGACCAGCGCUCAUGUCGUCUCAAUUGCCCUGCAGCGCGGCGCCAGCCAUGUGACGUGGGUCAUGAGGAAGCACCUCCAGCUGAAGCAGUUCGACGUGGGCGACGUGGAGAGCCUGGUGGGUCGGUACUCUCACGUGGAGCACGGCAUCAAGAUGGACGGCCAGGCCUACCUCAGGCAGUUCUACAACGAGCGCAGCCUCCACAAGCGGCUGGCUAUGAUUCGCCAGGCGAGGAAAGGAGGCGCCGUCACGCCGGAGGCCUACGUCCACCUGCAGCCGUCCAUCCUGAGUGGACGGGUGGACGUGAAGACGUACUGUCAGGUGAGUGAGGCCAGCUGGUGCUACCGCGGCCAGGCCUGGCGUCUCUCCCUCAGCACUGGGGACCACUGGACCGGAGACAUGAUCUGGCUCGCCACCGGCUGCAAACUUGAUGUCAAACAGGACCCUUUGCUAUCUGAGGUGAUGAAGGAGUUCCCCAUUCAGGUGAUAGACGGCUGGCCGUGCGUAUCAGAGAGCUUACUGUGGGCACAAGGGUGCCCCCUCUACCUGAUGGGGCAGUAUGCAGCUCUUCAGGUUGGACCUCAUGCGGUCAACCUGGCAGGCGGACAGGCUGCCAGCAUGCGAAUCGCCAAGGACAUCAUGCGCCAGCAGCGAGGGGACAACGCGAAGCCUUCUGAACAGAGAGGGGAGAAAUCUAAACACGAAGAAUAUAUUCAACAGAUGCAGGGUCUACUAUGGCUUUAAUGUUACCGGUCAUCUACUCGUGUGGACUUACUAUGGGACUAUGUGGCCUUAAUUAAACAGAUUGGACUAAAAACAAUAAAUGCUGUGUGAC